AUGCGUCUUCCUGUCUUAUUUUUCCUUCUCUUGUGGGCUAAAGCACGGACACUGAAAAAUCUCAAUUAUUCCGUUCCGGAGGAGCAGGGACCUGGAACUGUUAUCGGAAACAUUGCUAAGGAUGCCGGAUUUGGACCGGUGGAGAGAGGGAAAAAAUCGAACUUUAGAGUUCUGGAGAAUUCUGCUCCACAUCUCAUUGAUGUGGAUCCGGAGAGUGGGCUGGUUUUUACCAAACAGCGUAUUGACAGGGAGACAUUGUGCAGACGCAACCCCAAGUGUCAGCUCUCCAUGGAAGUGUUUGCCAACGACAAGGAAAUAUGCAUGAUCAAGAUUGAUGUAGUGGAUAUAAACGACAACUCACCCAGUUUCCCCUCAGAUCACAUCAAUAUAGAUAUUUCAGAGAAUGCAGCUGCUGGGACACGGUUCCCUCUAACAAUUGCGUACGAUUCAGAUUCUGGGCAAAACGGAAUAAAGACUUAUCAGGUCACCAGAGAUGAUUACAAUACAUUUUCUUUGGACUUGAAAUUGAGGGGCGAUGGAACCAUAUAUCCUGAAUUGGUGGUUCAGCGCCCUCUAGAUAGGGAGGAUCAGUCUCAUCACACCCUCCUUUUGACAGCCAUUGAUGGAGGCGAGUAUCCAAGAUCAGGGUCCAUGCAAAUCAAUGUGAGAGUUACUGAUUCAAAUGAUAAUAGCCCAGUAUUUGACAAACCUGCCUACAUGCUGGAGCUCCCUGAAAACUCACCGCCUGGAAGAAUGCUGAUAGAUCUGAAUGCAACUGACCAAGAUGAGGGCAGCAAUGGACAGGUAGUCUAUUCUUUCAGUGGAUAUGCAUCCGAUAGAGUCCAGGAGCUGUUUUCUAUUGACCCCAAAACAGGUGUCAUUAAGAUUCAAGGAGAAAUUGACUAUGAGGAUAGUCCGACCAUUGAAUUUGAUGUGCAGGCCAAGGACCUGGGGCCUAACCCCAUCCCUGGCCAUUGUAAGAUUUCAGUCAAAGUGCUUGACAAGAAUGAUAACUGGCCCGUUAUAAGUUUUGUUUCCGUCCGCCAGGGAGCUAUCAGUGAGGCAGCGCCUCCAGAAUCUGUCAUCGCCCUGGUGAGAGUCACUGAUAAGGAUUCUGGGAGAAAUGGCCAGCUCCAAUGCAGGGUGCUUGGCAAUGUACCGUUCAGGCUGCAGGAAAACAAUGAUAAUUUUUACACUCUGCUCACAGACAGACCUCUAGACAGGGAACUGAAAGAUGAAUAUAAUGUGACCAUAGUGGCCAGAGACAAUGGAAUACCCUCCUUGAAUUACACCAAAUCAUUUCCAGUGAAAAUAUUAGAUGAGAAUGAUAAUGCGCCACGUUUCACCAAGACAGUCUACGUGCUCCAGGUGCCUGAGAACAACAUCCCAGGGGAGUACUUGGGCUCAGUUCUGGCUCAUGAUCCAGAUAUAGGUCCGAAUGGGACUGUGUCCUACUCCAUUUUGCCGUCGCACAUCGGAGACGUGUCAGUUUACACCUACGUGUCUGUCAAUCCUACCAACGGAGCCAUAUACGCCUCAAGGUCUUUCAACUACGAACAAACAAAGUUCUUUGAGUUCAAAGUUCAAGCUAAAGACGCAGGGUCUCCUCAUAUGGAGGGCAGUGCUACAGUCAGGGUCAGUGUGCUUGACGUUAAUGACAAUCUACCAGUUAUUGUAUUACCCCUCCUGCUAAAUGACACUGCGGAAAUCAUGGUCCCUAGAAAUGUAGGCCUGGGGUACGUAGUGACCACGGUGAGAGCAGUUGACCAGGACCACGGUGAGAGCGGUCGUCUGACCUACGAGAUCUGGGAGGGUAACGAGGAGCACCUGUUUGAGAUGGACCCCGUGGCCGGCGAGGUGAGGACUGCCCAUGCUGUGUGGGAGGACGUGGCCCCAGCCGUGGAGCUGGUAGUGAAGGUAACCGAUCAUGGCAAGCCCCCGCUGUCUGCCGUGGCUAAGCUCAUCAUUAAGACCAUCACAGGAGCCAUGGCAGGAGGGGAGUCCAGCGCCAGUGAGGAGCAGCAGCGCUGGGACAUGUCCCUGCCCCUCAUCAUAACCCUCUGCAUCAUCUCCCUCAUGCUCCUGGCUGUCAUGACUACCAUCGCUUUUAAGUCCAAGCAUCAUGAUAAGGAGGCUGGGAAUUAUAACUGCCGUAUGGCCGAGUACCCCAACUCCAAUCCCCCGGUUGGAAACGGCAAGAAGAAGAGGAUCAACAAGAGCGACAUCAUGCUGGUGCAGAGCGAGAUGGAGGAGAGGGACUCUGUGAGCAGGAUGAACGUGGUGAGCAGCCCGUCUCUCAUCUCCUCGCCCAUCUGUUUCCACUACCAAGCGACCAGCCCCCUGCCUCUCACGCUGCCCAGGUCAGAGGUCAUGUAUCUGAAAACCACUUUCAACAGCCUGACGGUACCUCGGGCUGGCUGUCACUCAAGCUUUGCGGGGCUUACCACAGAGACUCCUAUGAAGAGAAUGUCAGUGAUACAGGUAAGAAACAGAGUCAUUGAGUUGUAUUUCUGUCAGCCUUUUAUUCUACCUUAUCUCCGUUCAUGGUAUUCUAAUCUGCCACAAGAGAGGUAAUUCUUCAAAGCAAUACCCACAGGCACCAUGCAAUCAAACUUCCUUGUUAUCAUUUUAGUCAUUUUGCAGACACUCUUAUCCAGAGCAACUUACAGUUAGUGAGUGCAUACAUAAUUUUUUUAUUUUUCAUACUGGCCCCCCAUGGGAAUCGAACCCACAACCCUGGCGUCGCAAACGCCAUGCUCUACCAACUGAGCUACAUCCCUGCCGGCCAUUCCCUCCCCUACCCUGGACGACGCUGGGCCAAUUGUGUGCCGCCCCAUGGGUCUCCCGGUCGUGGCCUGCUACAACAGAGCCUGGAUUCGAACCAGGAUCUCUAGUGGCACAGCUAGCACUGCGAUGCAGUGCCUUAGACCACUGCACAACUCGGGAGGUUUUGCCAAUUGAAGGACUCAAAAAUGCAGCCGAUACAGGAUAAUACGCUACAAGCAUAUUGAAGAAAUAUAUUAAAAUAUAUGUUGGUAGACUGUUUGCAAUCUACUUCUCCUCCACAGAGAUCCUAACAAUUUUGAAAUUGGCCCAUUAUGAGUCACUUCUAGCAGCAACUUACAGGUGGUCUGAAUAAUCAGAAACUCAUUUCUGUUAAGAUAUGCAAACCAUGUGAGUCUUGGACUGCGCUGCUGUGCUGUCACUGCCAAAUCCGCCUGGGAAAACAAAACCCUGCCUGAAAUCUGGGCUUGGACAACAGCUUGUCUGAUCACGUUAGUAAAAUGUUAUGUGCCAGACAGCUAGAUGCACACAGCAUAACCUUACAAUCCCAUUUAUUGCCCUCCACAAACAUGGGCCAGUUCCACAAAUCCAAAUCCAAUGUUGGCAAGAUAAGGCCUUUACUAGGGUCCAGAUCUGCCUUGUACAAAAUGACAGGGUUGCUUAUGCAAGCCAGCAUAUUCAAUUGACAGGGAAUGCAUGUAAUUUUAUUCAGCACAUCAGUAUUUUUCGGGUUGUUAAUGAUGUAAAUAUCUAGGACAGUCUCCGAGAUGAUAACACUGAUGACAAGGUCUGUUGCUAGGGCAUGUUGCUAGGGCAAGUUGCAAGGGCAUGUGAUCAACACAAACACAAUAUUCUCAUGAUGAGUAAAAACGUGGAUGCAGAUGACAGUGGCUGAUGCGUUACUGCUCACAGCCACAUACAGUAUGGACAUGAAGGGGAUUUGAUUAUUUUCUUUUUAUUAACAUGUUUCAUGUAUUCCUAAAUGAUUCAAAUGGACAGAUCGGAAUGCAGGCCAAGCCAUAGCUAUGGACAUGUCCUUUGAAUAUCUCAUGUUGUAAAUAUAUUCUGUUGCACACAUCAAUGGAAAACAAAUUUCUGGAGCACGAUAAACGAAUAAUUAUCUCUGGUUUUAUUCUCAGACGGAUAAUUUCCCCUCGGAGCCCAAUAACGCGGCCAACAGGCAGCCAUUUGCUCAAAGGUAAGGUCACUAAAUGAUAACUACCUAACCACCUGAAUUUACGUUGUAGUCAAUAUCAAGGCAUCAGGCCAAGCAUGUCAAAAAGGGCUCAGGUGCGAUCACAAGACAGGCAGACAGGCAGACAGACAGACAGACAGACAGACAGACAGACAGACAGACAGACAGGCAGGCAGGCAGACAGACAGACAGACAGACAGACAGACAGACAGACAGACAGACAGACAGACAGACAGACAGACACCACCAAUGAGAUAUUUUUUUAUUGAAUGUUUCUCUCCCCAUCCUGCAGCAGCUCAACGUUUAAGGAUGCAGAGCGAGCGAGCCUCCGAGACAGUGGCCAUGGUGAUAGUGACCAGGCUGAUAGUGACCUGGAUACUAAUAAAGGCUCCGCCUGCGACACGUCUGCCAGGGAGGCCCUCAAGAUGAAAGCCACAGCAGUUAAUGGCCAGCCUCUCGACCAGGGUGAGUGGAAGCUAUCUCUCUGACAUCUUGAAGACGCUUAACAGACCCUUGCAUCAGACCCUUGUUUUCCCAAUCACUGCACCAAGCCAACAUGAC